AGUAUGAUUUUUAUUCUCACUUGGAUAACAACUUAAAUAUAAAUAUUAAUAAAUGGAUUAUUAUUAAUUAUAUUUCACACAAUAUUUAGUAAUAAUUUAAAUAAAUAAAAUGACUAAAAAAUUUGAGUUUCAUUGGCAAAUUGAAGUGCCUGAAUUUAUGAGAAAUGGUGUAACAUUUGAUCGUUGGUAUGAAGACAAAGAAACAACAACAUUUGAAGCAAAUUGUGUUGUUAAAGUUGAUGAAUAUGGAUUUUUUCUUUAUUGGAAAGCUGAUGGAAAAGAUGGUGAUGUUAUUGAACUUGCUCAAGUCUGUGAUAUUCGAUACGGUGGAACACCCAAGGAUUCAAAGUUGUGCAAUAAGCUGAGUAAACACGGAAAUACAGAACAGUUAGAUUCAAAAAGUUUAACAAUUUGUUCUGGUAUUGAUUACACAAAUAUUGUGUAUAAUCAUAUUGUUUGUUCAAGUCCUGAACAAGCCAAGGAUUGGCAAGCAGGUUUACGAUUAAUAACUCACAACACAAAAGCAAGUAAUGUUUGUCCAACAACUCAAUUAAUGAAACACUGGAUGAGAUUACGUUUUUGCGUUGAUGCUAAAGGAAAACUUCCAGUUAAAGUUAUUGCUAAAACAUUUGCAUCUGGAAAAACAGAUAAACUUGUUUAUCAAAGUUUACAAGAAAAUGGAUUACCAAAUGGAAAAAGUGACUCAAUGGAUCCAGAAGCUUUUACACUUGAUAAAUUUCGUGACAUGUAUUUUAAAUUAUGUCCAAGAAAUGACAUUGAAGAAUUAUUUCAAUCAAUAACAAGAGGAAAAGCAAAUACAAUAAAUUUACAACAACUUGUUACAUUUAUGAAUGAAAAACAACGUGAUCCAUUACUCAAUGAAAUUUUAUAUCCACUUUAUAGUGAAAAACGUUGUACUGAAAUAAUAAAUGAUUAUGAACCUGAAGAAGCCAAUAAAAAAGAAAAUAAAUUAUCAAAAGAAGGUUUUAUACGUUAUUUAAUGGGUGAUGAAAAUGCUCCAGUGUUUUUAGAUAAAUUAGAGGAAUAUAUGGAUAUGGAUCAGCCAUUAUCACAUUACUAUAUUAAUUCAAGUCACAAUACUUAUCUAAGUGGACGACAAAUUGGUGGUAAAAGUACUGUCGAAAUGUAUCGACAAGUUUUACUAGCUGGUUGUAGAUGUGUUGAGCUUGAUUGUUGGGAUGGAAAAGGUGAAGAUGAAGAGCCAAUAAUAACUCAUGGUAAAGCAAUGUGUACUGAUAUUUUAUUUAAAGAUGUUAUUGUUGCACUACGAGAUUGUGCAUUUGUUACAAGUGAUUAUCCAGUUAUACUGAGUUUUGAAAAUCAUUGUUGUUUAAAACAACAAUAUAAACUUGCUAAAUAUUGUGAUGAAAUACUUGGUGAUUUAUUAUUAAAAGAACCACUUAAAGAUUAUCCACUUGAACCAGGUCAUCCAUUACCACCUCCAAGUGCAUUAAAACGUAAAAUAUUAAUUAAAAAUAAACGUUUAAAGCCAGAAGUUGAAAAAGUUGAAUUAGAACUAUUUAAAUCUGGACAAUUUGAAGCUAAAGAUGAAGUUAUUGAAGAUGCUAGUGCACCAGCACCAGAACAACCAAAAGAAGUUGUUGCACCAGCACCUGGUGAUGAAGCUGCUGAUCCAGAAGCUGCUGCUGCUGCUGCUGCACAUACUGGUAGUACUAUGUCAUGUCAUCCAUGGUUAUCAUCAAUGAUUAAUUAUGCACAACCAAUUAAAUUUCAAGGUUUUGAUAAAGCACUUGAAAAAAAUAUACAUCAUAAUAUGUCAUCAUUUUCGGAAACAGCAGCAUUAAAUUAUCUUAAAACAUCAGCUGUUGAAUUUGUUAAUUAUAAUAAACGACAAAUGAGUAGAAUAUAUCCAAAAGGUACACGUGCUGAUUCAUCAAAUUAUAUGCCACAAGUUUUUUGGAAUGCUGGAAGUCAAAUGGUUGCACUUAAUUUUCAAACACCUGAUUUAGCAAUGCAACUUAAUCAAGGAAAAUUUGAAUUUAAUGGUACUGGUGGUUAUUUAUUAAAACCAGAAUUUAUGAGACGUGUUGAUAAAACAUUUGAUCCAUUUGCUGAAGAAAUUGAUGGUGUUAUAUCAUCACAAUGUUCUGUACAAGUUAUUGCUGGACAAUUUUUAUCUGAAAAAAAAGUUGGUACAUAUGUUGAAGUUGAUAUGUAUGGAUUACCAGCAGAUACAAUUAAAAAAGAAUUUCGUACAAGAUUAGUACCAGCAAAUGGUUUAAAUCCAGUUUAUAAUGAAGAACCAUUUUUAUUUCGUAAAGUUGUAUUACCAGAUCUUGCUGUAUUACGUUUUGGUGUUUAUGAAGAAUCUGGUAAAUUAUUAGGACAACGUAUAUUACCAAUGGAUGGUUUACAAGCUGGCUAUAGACAUAUAUCAUUAAAAACAGAAGCUAAUUUUCCAAUGGCAUUACCUAUGCUUUUUUGUAAUAUUGAAAUUAAAAUUUAUGUUCCUGAUGGAUUUGGUGAUUUUAUGGCUAUGCUGUCAGAUCCUGGUGGUUUUUCAAAAGCAUCUGAACAACAAGCACAAAAUAUGAAAGCAAUGGGAAUUGAACAAGAAGAAAAACCAAAAAAAAAAGAACCUGAAGGACCAAAAUGGGAGGAAUUUAAACCAGAAAUAAUAACUCUUGAUGUACUUAGAAAAGAAAAAACAAAUAAAAUUGGUAAAAAACAACAAAAAGAAUAUGAAACAAUGAAAAAAAAACAUGAAAAAGAACGUUUAACAAUGCAAAAAAAUCAUUGUACUACAAUUGAUAAAUUAAUAAAAGGAAAAGAACGAAGUGCAUUAAUGAAUGAUGAGAGUAUUAAAAAAACAGUUAAAGAACAAACAACACAAUGGAGUGAAUUAUUAGCUAAACAUAGAAAAGAAGAAUGGGAUUUACAUAAAACUCAUAUUCAAGCUGGUAAAGGAGAUUAUAAAAAAGUCAUGGAAGCUGUUAUUACAAAUCAAAUGAAACAAUUACAAAUAAAACAAGACAAAGAUUCAAAAGAAUGCAGUGCAAAUCAAUCAAAGGUAACAGCUCAAACAGCAAAAGAUGUUGCUGAAGAUAAAACAUUAAAAACAAAAGGUGAUAAAGAAAGAAGAUUAAGAGAAAAAAAACAGGCAAAUAUUAAAAAAUUUACAGAGGAUAGAAAAAAUUUAAUGAUGCGUCAUUCACGUGAAAAAGAUAAAAUUAAAGGACUACAUGAAAAACAAUUAACUGAUAUUGAUAAAACAGUUGAAGAUACACUUGGAAUGUAUGAUCAUGCAGCAAAAAAUUACGAGCUCUCAUCAAAAGUUGAAUUUUUAGUUUAAAUUUUAAAAAUAAAAUAUUUAAAUAAUACGUUGUAAUAACAUUGAUUUAUAUGUUUAAUAUUAUUAAAUUUUAAACAAUAAUAAUCGUGUUUAAUUUAAUAUAAAUAUAUUAUUAAUUGUUGAUAUUAAUAACUGAUUAAUUGUUAUAUAUAAAAACAAAUAUAAUACGCAUUCUUAAAUAAUCAAUAUAUGUGUUGAAUCAAUUGUCAUGGAUUGAUAUGUAUAUUUUCUCUGUCGUAAUAAUAAUGACUCAGAGAAAAAAAUGAAAAAAAAAAAAAAACAUUAUAUAUUUUAUUUUUUUGAA